GGAUUGUAUCCCUCCUCCCCUGCUCUGCCGCUGCAGCUAUAAAUCCCGACCCCGAUCGAUCGAUGGAGAUGUGGAAAUAUCGGGUCGUGGGAUCGGUUGCUGCCCUCCUCUUGCUACUCGCCAUCGUCGUGCCGUUUACUCAGACCCAGACGCAGAGCGCACGGGACAAAGCUGCCAUGGCGGAAGACGCGGGGCCGCUGGUGGGAGGCAUCAGUGACUCGCCGAUGGGGCAAGAGAACGACCUCGACGUCAUCGCGCUCGCCCGCUUCGCCGUCUCCGAGCACAACAACAAGGCCAAUGCCCUGCUGGAGUUCGAGAAUGUGGUGAAGGUGAAGAAGCAAACUGUUGCUGGCACGAUGCACUACAUUACAAUCCGGGUCACUGAAGGUGGGGCCAAGAAGCUCUAUGAAGCUAAGGUGUGGGAGAAACCAUGGGAGAACUUUAAGAAGCUCGAGGAGUUCAAGCUGGUGGAGGACGUUCCAAGCGCAUAACUCAUAAGGCGCGUCCCAGCUUUGCAAGGAUCUGCAGCUAUGGUGUUGAUGUAGCUAUCUAUCGGACAUGGUUUAGCGUGUUCUCGUGUAAUAUCAAGAAUAAGUCCGCUUCUUGCAAGUUGUUUUAACCACAUCUCUAAAUAAAAUUCUCAGUAUUAUUGUA